AAAAAAAGUGAAGGUGUAAAAGCAGCACAAGUGCAAUAAGAGAUAUUUCCUCAAAUUUGCCUCAAGAUGGAAACCCUUUGCCUCAGGGCAUCCUUUUGGCUGGCACUGGUUGGAUGUGUAAUCAGUGAUAAUCCCGAGAGAUACAGCACAAAUCUAAGUGAUCAUGUGGAUGAUUUCACCACUUUUCGUGGCACAGAGCUCAGCUUCCUGGUUACCACUCAUCAACCCACUAAUUUGGUCCUACCCAGCAAUGGCUCAAUGCACAACUAUUGCCCACAGCAGACUAAAAUUACUUCAGCUUUCAAAUACAUUAACACUGUGAUAUCUUGUACUAUUUUCAUCGUGGGAAUGGUGGGGAAUGCAACUCUGCUCAGGAUCAUUUACCAGAACAAAUGUAUGAGGAAUGGCCCCAACGCGCUGAUAGCCAGUCUUGCCCUUGGAGACCUUAUCUAUGUGGUCAUUGAUCUCCCUAUCAAUGUAUUUAAGCUGCUGGCUGGGCGCUGGCCUUUUGAUCACAAUGACUUUGGCGUAUUUCUUUGCAAGCUGUUCCCCUUUUUGCAGAAGUCCUCAGUGGGGAUCACCGUCCUCAACCUCUGCGCUCUUAGUGUUGACAGCAGGCUCAAGGCUCCUUUCAGAAGCCAGACCUGGAACUGCAAAACAUCAUUCUAGCCACACUCGAUCAAAGUAGUCACAGGCCAGCUCAAUUUAAGAACUCAACUGAAGAAGUGGUAAAGCAUUUGCAGCUGUCUUUUAAUUCACCACACCUGAUUCUCUUCUAAAUUGGAAUUGGCCAAGCAGUUGCAGUGGCUCAGCCUUAGGAGGCCAAAGCAGGAGGAUGGCUUGAAGUCAGGAAUUCAAGACUACCCUGGGCAACAUAGCGAGAUCCUUGUCUCUACAAAAAAUAUUUUUAAAAAUUAGCCUGGCAUGGUGAUGGGCACCAAUAGUCCCAGCUACUAGGGAGCCUGAGAUAGGAGGAUCCCUUAAGGGAGCACAGGUUCUGGAGGCUGCAGCUAUGAUUGUGCCACUGCACUUCACCCUGGAUGACAGAGUAAGACCCUAUCUCUAAAAAAGAAUUCUUCCUGCUAGCAUUUAGCUUCCAAACCUCCAUAUGGUAUGAGAGAUAUAAAUCAUUAACAACCAUUACAAAUGAUCAAGUUUGCUGUUAAUUAAAGAUGUGCAGAGGUAAAGAUAGGGGCGGCACUGUACCUUAUGGAAGUGGUAAAUAAGAAUAAAUAAUAAAUUCUGACACAGGCAAGCAUUCAUUAACAGGCACUUGGUAGAAACUUCUUUCUUAAGGCACUUCAGCCACCUAUUUAUUCCCUGAUCCAGUAAUCCCACUCAAGAUAAUUAAUCCAGAAAAAUCAUUCAGAAAGAGAAAAAAAAUUAUGUGUACAAACAAGCUUAUAGGUGUCUUAUUCACAGCUGUGAAACACUAGAAAUGAUGUGAACAUAGAAAAAAGAUUCAAGUAAAUUAUAUCAAAAUCUUGUUAUACUGUGUAGCCAUUAAAUUGAUAAGGGCCACGCCCAUGUAGAAACAUAGGAGAGUAUUUUUAAUGUAAAUAAAGCUAAAAUUUAAAAAUUGUGAGUCAUAUGAUUAUAGUCUAUUCAAACUAUGCCUGUAAGAAUCAAAACAAGAAAAGAAUAAAAAAAUAGAUUUUGUUGAAGUGGUAUCUUUUUAAUUUGUUUUAUUUUAUAAUGUUUUAAAGUUCUUUCAAGAAUAAACAUUUUUAAACUUAAUGACUAUCCCAGACCACACCUUCAAGAUUCAAUAAACAUGCAUUAAAUGCCUCUGGCCUUAAUAACAUGUAAAAAUCUAUUUAUAGGCACACGCACUAACAAACAUCUUUACAUGAAUACAAUAUAUAUUUUAUACUUUUAUUUUGGCCUAUCACAUGACAGGGUACAAGGUGAUAUAAUGCGAAAAGGCUCUACCGGGAGUUGGCAGCCCUGAGCCAUGGUCCAGAUGCCCCAGGUUCACUGGAGACCAGGCAGAGGAUGUGACAAGAUGCCAGCUCUCAGGUUCCCAACUGGAACAUAUGGGGCAGAAAGAUCAGCCCAUAGAUCCCUCCUUUAAAUUAUUGAAUCUGGUCCUCUAAAAGUGUUAGCUUUUAAUCUGUGGCCUAAUUCAUGGCUAGCUUGAAAAAUAGGAAAAUGAUCAGAAUGUAGUGUGCUAUUAGCUUUAGCCAAUUAAGGUAAGGUAAGGUUACACAGUACAUCUGUGGAAACAUAACUCUUAGAAUUAUGCUGACUGAUUCGUCACCAGAAUUCCCUAGAGAUUAAGAAUUCCCUAGCCAAUUAAGGUGAGGUAAGGUACAUGCAUGGUAACAGGCAUGAAAACGCCAACAAAAAGACACUUCAUUCAACAGGUAUUUAUUUGGCACUUGUUGUUCUAGGUAUUGUGACCAACAUACAAAAUGUCAGCCUUUAUGAAGCUUUUAUGCUUUUUUUCACUUUUUUCUUUUCUUUCUUUCUUUUUCUUUUUUUUUUUCAGACAGGGUCUUACUCUGUCACCCAGGCUGGAGUGCAUGCCAUGAUCAGGGAUCGCUGCAGGCUCAACCUCCCUGGGCUCAGGGGAUCCUCCCACCCCAGCCUCCCAAAUAGCUGGGACUAUAGGCAUGCACCACCAUGCCUGGCUAAUUUUUGUAUUUUUGUAGAGAUGGAAUUUCACCAUGUUGCCCAGGGUAUCAAGCGAUCGCCCCCCUCAGCCUUCCAAAGUGCUGGGAUUGCAGGCAUGAACCAUCGCACCCAGCUGGGAACUUAUAUUCUAAAGGAGAGGGGAGAGCAUAGAUGAUAAACCAAAUAAAUAAAUAGAACAUUGUUGGUCACAUUGUAGUGCUAUGGGGAAAAAUGAAUCAGGGUGAGAGAGACAAUUCUGGAGGGGGAGUUGGCAAACUUAAGUAGGGUCUCCAGGGAAGGCUUCUGUGAAAAACUGCAAUUGAGUAAAAACCGGAAGGAAGUGAGGAAGCAGCUCUGAGGACACCUGUAGGCAUUCUCACAGGGGUGGGAAGCCACUGGGGGGUUUGGAGCAGAGGGUGCUAUGGUCUGACGUAACAGCCUCAGUCCAGUUGCUAUGUUCAGACGAGGCUGUGGCAAAGCAAGGUGGACAUAGGAAGAUCAGUUAGGAAGCUAUGGCAAUCAUCAAGGCACUGCGAUAACAGGUACGAUGGUGAAAAGUGCUUGCAUUUGGAUAUAUCUUGAAGGAAGUUGUUGCAAGAUUUGCUGAAGGAUUGGAUGUGUGGUGGAAGAGGAGUGAAAUCUAACCCAAUGUUUGGGGCCAGAGAUGGGAAAAACUGCAGAAAGGUUUAGCCGCAAGGAAGACAAGGAGUCUGAUUUGGGAGUGUUUAGAUGCCUGUUAGGUGUCCUAGUGGAGCUCGCAAGUAGGCAGUUGGAGGUACAAGUCUAGAGGUAAAGGUGAGGCACCAGGCUAGAGGUAUAAAUUUAGGAAUUACCGCUAGAUGGAUAGUUAAAUGACACUAAAGCCACGAGACUAGAUGAGAUCACCAAAGGAGAGCGCAUAGAUAGAAAAAACGUCUGAGCACUAAGCCCUCAGACAAAUCCAAUACUAAGAAUUUGUGGAGAAAGCAGGGUCCAGCCAGGUAAAUGAGAAGGAAUGGCCAGUAAGUCAGAAGGAAAACUGGGAGAUUGUGGUGGAAACCAAGUGAAGAAAGCAUUUCAGAGAGGAGGGAUUCUUCCUGGAACAGCAGUUGUCAGUGGUGGAAUCUACACUUGCAGAUUUUCCAUGACAACUGAAGAUGUCGUGGAUAUACAGAGAGAGAUGUAUAUACAUACUGACUAGAUGGAAGGCUGUUUAUAAUCGCACCUCAUGAGAAAAGCAUAUUUGUGUGUCAGUGUGUUGUGCCAUUAUAUUCCAAAUAGAAAUCAGUUUUGAAACAUCCAGUGUUUCAUGGUUUCCAUACCUUUCCCCACCUCCAUUAUCACAAAUGAUUGUUUCUAAUUGUUCUUAUGGUUGUUUUCCCCUUAUCUCAUGGAGAUGUUAUCGAGAUCUGUGUGAUUAUAAAUGGAAAAUAUUCUAAUUUUCAGUGAGUGGGUUAAUGAAGGAGCAGACUGAUCAUGAAUUAUUUGCUAAACUAGACUCUAAAAAUGACUUCUACUUAUUUGUGAAUGUUGAAUUUACAUUGGAUUAUGGAUGUGUAAUAUUCUGGGAACUCAUGGCGCUUUAUAAAAAUGAAGUUGGUCUGUGAACAUGUUCAUCAUAAGAACAUGUUGACCAUAUUUUAUUCCUUAAGCCACUUUUCACCCCAAAUCCUGGCAAGGAAAUCAGGUUUUCUUACUCUCUAAUGAAAUAGGGUGUUUUAUUUAAAUCACCUUCCCUGGUAAACUACCUGAGAGAAGGGAAGAAGGGAAGAAGAAAUAGAUGUAACUCCACCGACAGCCUUGGGAUAUAGACAUCCUGUCUCCAUUCCUCUUAGCUUUACUGGGUAUCAGGCUGCCAGUUUAACAAGGGAACAAAGAAAAAUAAACAAUGAUUUUUAUCCCACUGGACAAUUUAUGGAAAUAACCAUAAAUUUUAAAAUUCAAUCUUGAUUAUAUCAUAAAAGGAUUUUCUUGGUCUGUUUGCCUAGCUGUAUUUUAUCCCAUUUUGAAAUAAUCUGGACUUUUUUGAGAUUUGUAUUGUGCACAAAUCUUAUUUACCCUAAAAAUCUUUUAUAAAACAUUUCUCCAGUAAAUUGUGCUAUAUAAUAUGCCAUGUGGCAUCAUCGUAAAAUACCCAAAUCUGUACAUGCUCAUCUCUAGGGAAUUCUGGUGAAGAAACAGUCAACAUAAUUCUAAGAGUUGUGUUUUCACAGAUGUACUGUGUAAAUGUACUGAGACAGUACACUAAAUAUAACUGAUGGGGGCUUGUCUUGGUGGAUAUGGGUAGCUUGUAUGUUGCCUUGGCUUUAUUGAUUAAUCUUCUACAUUACUUUGCAUGUCCUGCAAACCCAUGAGCACCUGUCUCCAAUGCAUUCGGUCUGUUUUACAGCCUUCUGGCACUAUCUAAUGAAAACUAUAAAAAGAAAAUGUUUCUUUUCCAUUACGGCAGCAACAAAAAUUUCAAGAAUGAGGCCACAAAAAUACCAUACCAUGUCACAGAUCUCUUCUUAAUAGUAAGUCUAAAAGCAGUUAGCAUUAGACCUUCACAUCAGGUCAAAGAACAUAGAAUUUCUAAACCAAACCUUCCUUAGACAUAACAUUUAAAUGUGAUUAUUAUCACUAAAAUAGUGAAGUAAAAAAUAGGGUGAGCAUAAUUUCUUAUUAUCAGUUUUUUGAUUGACAUAAUCAUUCAGUCACAUUUAUGUUAUAUACUCUGUAUAAACAAUUAUUUUCUGUUAGAUUGUAAACCCUAAAGAUUAGGAACCAAAGUAUCUUUAAAUAAGUUUUAUCUGCUCUAGCACAGGGCCAUAAUGGGAGUGAUAUACUCCCUCUUUGACAUUUACCACAAAUAGGUAUUUACUAAAACUGCCACCUGGUACAAGCCCACUGUGCUCAUAUAAGAAGGGAAGAAACAAUGGAAUAUCUGUGGUGGUUAUUCACUCAAGGAUAUCUAGGCCCACUUCAUAGAUAAUGCUUUAAGGUUUCUUUUUUUAUUUUAUAAAGAGGAAUAACAUAUUACUAUAACAAGUACCAGCAGCUUUCAUGAUCCCUCCCAUCCAUCCAAUUUCUCUCCCAGCUUAAAAAACAUAGGCACAACUGUCUGUUACCGCCGCAUUCUAAACUCUCCUAAGAUUUCACUAGACCAAAUAAAGACCUCAGACUCAGGCCUGCCAUGCAGUUGAUUUCCAAAUGGGUGGAACUCUUAAAAGCCCCACUUGUGACCGGGUGUGGUGGCUCACGCCUGUAAUCCCAACACUUUGGGAGGCCAAGGCGGUCAGAUCACGAGAUCAGGAGAUCGAGACCAUCCUGGCUAACACGAUGAAACCCCAUCUCUACUAAAAAUACAAAAACAAAAUUAGCCAGGUGUGGUGGCGGGCGCCUGUAGUCCCAGCUACUCGGGAGGCUGAGGCGGCAGAAUGGCGUGAACCCAGGAGGCAGAGCUUGCAGUGAGCUGAGAUCCUGCCGCUGAACUCCAGCCUGGCAGCCUGGGUGACAGAGCAAGACUCCUUCUCAAAAAAAAAAAAAAAAAACGGCCAGGCGCAGUGGCUCACUCCUGUAAUCCCAGCACUUUGGGAGGCCAAGGCGGAUGGAUCACGAGGUCAGGAGAUCGAGACCAUCCUGGCUAGCACGGUGAAACCCCGUCUCUACUAAAAAAAAAAUUACAAAUAAUUAGCCAGGCGUGGUGGCAGGUGCCUGUAGUCCCAGCUACUCGGGAGGCUGAGGCAGGAGAAUGGCGUGAACCCAGGAGGCAGAGCUUGCAGUGAGCUGAGAUGGAGCCACUGCACUCCAGCCUGAGAGACAGAGCGAGACUUUGCCUCAAAAAAAAAAAAAAAAACACCCCACUUGGUUUUCAUACCAAGACUCAGAAACUUCCUAAAAAGACAAUUACUGGUAUUGGCAAUGGGGAGGAACUUCCCAGCACUUACAAUUUUUGUUUAAUUGAAAUACAUUUAAAAUUUCCUAACAACUUGGUUCCAUUACCCUU